CGUACGGGCAACGUGCUGCAUAUAACUUGCUUUCUUACUCCCAAUGGAUUCACGGCCCACAUCGCCAGAGGCUCCUCCUCAAGACUUAUGGUCGUCCAUUCUUGAUUCUGUCUCGUCGUCGCGUUCAAUAAAUUCCAAACAAAUCUUGUUGUUGGGCCAACCAUCAGCAGGGAAAUCCACGCUUGCUUCUGCGCUGCUGCAGAAACCACUGGAUAUCGAUGACAAGGAGGACCGCAAGGUUGAUUUUGCACUGGGAUAUGAUUUUGCGGAUGUAAGAGAUGAUGCGGAUGAAGAUACCCUUGCUAGACUGUCAGUAUACACUGUACCGUCGUCCAAUCCCUCCUAUACCGCUCUCCUUCCUCAUUUUCUACCACCGCGGACAUGUCUACCACAUACCCUUGUCAUGAUUGUGCUCGACUGGACGCGUCCUUGGACCUUUGUAGAGGAGCUAGAAAUUUGGUUCAAGUGGAUCGACGACUGGAUCAAUAGCGAUAGCUCUCGCGAGGCGCAGAUGGCAAGAGAAGAAGGUCGCGAACGGUUACAAUCACAUCUACAACAUUAUACGGAGCCGUCCAGUGACCCAAUACCUGCGACGUCAACAUUAACUUCAAGCACUCUAUUGCCACUUGGCUCCGGGACAUUCACUCACAAUACAGCUGGCAUUCCCAUCAUUGUUACAUGCACCAAAGCUGAUCUCAUCGAUGAAGGACAUGAUCUUGUAGCCGGAGCUUCGGGCAUGGGGGGCAUGGUAAAAGGUACAGGCGGAGAAUGGGAGGAGAGAACCGACGGAAUUAUGCAAGUUCUGCGGACGAUAUGUCUGAAAUAUGGGGCUGCAUUAUUCUACACUACGCCUCUACCUGCCACAUUACAGGUAUUGCGGCAUUACGCGCUACAUUUACUCUUCGCGCCACCCGCUCCUUCACCCGCUAUGGCUGCUGGAGGAGAGUCUUCUGCUACCGUCAGGAACCCGUUUCCCUUCAAGCACAAGCCAAAUCCUUUAGAUCGAGACCAUCUCGUCAUCCCGGCGGGAUGGGAUAGCUGGGGAAAAAUAGAAGUCGUGCGGCCGUUCGAACCUCGGACGUGGGGCGAGGCAUGGGAAAGGGACUUGGAAGCUGGACAAGAUCCAGCAACUGACGAGAUGGGGGCUAAGAAGAUGUUCCAGGCUUUAGUCCCCGACCAGGGCACAAAGCCUCCGCCGCUACCGCCUUUCAACAGCCCUGUUCCCGAACAAACCUUCCUUUCAAAAAACUACGAGGAAAACCUCAAAAAGGCAGACCGAGAUCCUCGAGGCGCUUUCCGCAAUCCUGCAGAACUGGAAGGGGCGACUGCAGGUAUCGUCGGUCCAUUGGGAAGCAGCAGCUUCAACCUUCCAAACGUUGUUCGGGCGUUGUCUGAAAUGGAGAUGGGUAACAACAGCGGCAGUGGUCCAUCAAGUUCGAGUGUCACGGACGCUGCUGCCGCGAGGAGACUUGCUGGACGGACAGCCACGGGGAGACCUACAACGUUGGGAACACAGACGUCACCAAGACAACCAUCGUCGCCGUCGCUCGGGACUUCUCCGAGUCCUUCUGCGACUGGUGGACAGACGCAGCAUGAAGUGCUUCAGAACUUUUUCCAAAGUUUGCUCAGCAACAGGGAUCGUCCCAGUCCUGCUGCUUCUGCACCUCGCCCAGUAGCUAACGGAACUUCUUCGACGGCCUCGGGCGGCCAAGAUGAGGCAAAUUCAUGAUGUGUUUGCCUUUUGCUGUCUUUCUAUUAUUACACGUGGAUGCCCGUUAAUUUUGAGCAAUAUACAUUUGACUAUGAUCCCCCGAGGACCGCCAGCCUUA